AUUAAAAUCCUCCUCCACUCUUUCUUUCACGGUUCUCUUGGCGCCUUGAACUUAGCACAUUGACAGUCAGUUAGUUAUAUCACACUUAUCAGAUCUCAGUGUUUGUGUAGGACUUGAGUUCCUGUCUCUGUUUUUUCACAAAGGGUAUGAAAUCCUAUUGAAAAGAUGGUGUACACACUAUCUGGAGUUCGUUUUCCUACUGUUCCAUCGGUUUGUAAAUCACCUGGAUUCUCCAAUAAUGGUAGUGGUGAUCGAAGGAAUGCUAAUGUUUCUGUCUUCUUGAAGAAACACUCUCUUUCACGGAAGAUCUUGGCUGAAAAGUCUUCUUACGAGUUCGAAUCCCGACCUUCUACAGUUGCAGCAUCGUCGGGGAAAGUCCUUGUUCCUGGCAGCCCGAGUGAUAGCUCCUCAUCCUCAACAGACCAAUUGGAAUUCACCGAGGCAGUUCCAGAAAAUUCCCCAGCAUCAACUGAUGUAGAUAGUUCGACAAUGGAACACGUUGAGCCAGCAAGUGGUCCUACAGGAAGUGUUGAAGAGCUGGAUUUUGCUUCAUCACUACAACUACAAGAAGGUGGUAAACUGAAGGACUCCAAAACAUUAGAUACUUCUGAAGUGACAAUCAUCGAUGAAUCUGAUAGGAUCAGAAAGAGGGGCAUUCCUCCACCUGGCCCUGGUCAGAAAAUUUACGAAAUAGACCCUCUUUUGAAAAAGUAUCGUGAACACCUUGAUUACAGGUUUUCACAGUACAAGAAAAUGAGGGAGGCAAUUGACAAGUAUGAGGGUGGUUUGGAAGCUUUUUCUCGUGGUUAUGAGAAAAUGGGUUUCACUCGUAGUGCCACAGGUAUCACUUAUCGUGAGUGGGCUCCUGGUGCCAAGUCAGCUGCCCUCAUUGGAGAUUUCAACAAUUGGAACCCAAAUGCCGACGUUAUGGCUCGGAAUGAAUUUGGUGUCUGGGAGAUAUUUUUGCCAAAUAAUGCGGAUGGUUCUCCUGCAAUUCCUCAUGGGUCCAGAGUGAAGAUACGUAUGGACACUCCAUCAGGUGUUAAGGAUUCCAUUCCUGCUUGGAUCAAUUUCUCUGUACAGCCUCCUGGUGAAAUUCCAUACAAUGGAAUAUACUAUGAUCCACCCGAAGAGGAGAGGCAUGUAUUCCAACAUCCACGGCCAAAGAAACCAAACUCACUGCGAAUAUAUGAAUCUCAUAUUGGAAUGAGUAGUCCGGAGCCUAAAAUUAACUCAUACGCGAAUUUUAGAGAUGAGGUUCUUCCUCGCAUAAAAAAGCUUGGGUACAACGCGGUGCAAAUUAUGGCUAUUCAAGAGCAUUCUUAUUAUGCUAGUUUUGGUUAUCAUGUCACAAAUUUUUUUGCACCAAGCAGCCGUUUUGGGACGCCUGACGACCUUAAGUCUUUGAUUGAUAAAGCUCAUGAGCUAGGAAUUGUAGUUCUCAUGGACAUUGUUCACAGCCAUGCAUCAAAUAAUACUUUAGAUGGGCUGAACAUGUUUGAUGGAACAGAUAGUUGUUAUUUUCACUCUGGAUCUCGUGGUUAUCAUUGGAUGUGGGAUUCCCGCCUCUUUAACUAUGGAAACUGGGAGGUACUUAGGUAUCUUCUCUCAAAUGCGAGGUGGUGGUUGGAUGAGUUCAAAUUUGAUGGAUUUAGAUUUGAUGGGGUGACAUCAAUGAUGUAUACUCACCACGGAUUAUCGGUGGGAUUCACUGGGAAUUACGAUGAAUACUUUGGAUUGGCAACUGAUGUGGAUGCUGUGGUGUAUUUGAUGCUGGUCAACGAUCUUAUUCACGGGCUUUUCCCAGAUGCAAUUACCAUUGGUGAAGAUGUUAGUGGAAUGCCGACGUUUUGUAUUCCUGUUCAAGAUGGGGGUGUUGGCUUUGACUAUCGACUUCAUAUGGCAAUUGCUGAUAAAUGGAUUGAGUUGCUCAAGAAAAGGGAUGAGGAUUGGCGAGUGAGUGAUAUUGUUCAUACACUGACGAAUAGAAGAUGGCGGGAAAAGUGUGUUUCAUAUGCUGAAAGUCAUGAUCAAGCUCUAGUCGGUGAUAAAACUAUAGCAUUCUGGUUGAUGGACAAGGAUAUGUAUGAUUUUAUGGCUCUGGAUAGACCGUCAACACCAUUAAUAGAUCGUGGGAUAGCAUUGCACAAGAUGAUCAGGCUUAUAACUAUGGGAUUAGGAGGCGAAGGGUACCUAAAUUUCAUGGGAAAUGAAUUCGGCCACCCUGAGUGGAUUGAUUUCCCUAGGGCUGAUCAACACCUCCCUGAUGGCAAAAUAGUUCGUGGGAACGGUUUCAGCUAUGAUAAAUGCAGACGAAGAUUUGAUCUGGGAGAUGCAGAUUAUUUAAGAUACCGUGGUUUGCAAGAAUUUGACCGGGCUAUGCAGCAGAUUGAAGAGAGAUAUGAGUUUAUGACUUCAGAACACCAGUUCAUAUCACGAAAGGAUGAAGGAGAUAGGAUGAUUGUAUUUGAAAGAGGAAACCUAGUUUUCGUCUUUAAUUUUCACUGGACAAAUAGUUAUUCAGACUAUCGCAUAGGCUGCUUCAAGCCUGGAAAAUACAAGGUUGUCUUGGACUCGGAUGAUCCACUUUUUGGUGGCUUUGGGAGAAUUGAUCACAAUGCCGAAUAUUUCACCUUUGAAGGGUGGUAUGAUGACCGUCCUCGCUCCAUUAUGGUGUAUGCACCUAGUAGAACGGCAGUUGUCUACGCACUAGUAGACAAAGAAGAAGAAGAGCAAGAAGAAGAAAAACUUGUUGAAGAAUGAACGGACUUGUGACCUCGUUGAAAGAUUUGAAUGCUACCCGUUCAUCAACAUCACUUCUUGAUCUGGCAAGUGGAGUUUAACGUGACAAAGGUUUGCAGUUCUUUCCACUACUAGUAGAGCAAUGAUAUACGCAGGGAUGAAGUGCAGAACAAGCAUAUGUAAAAUCGAUGAAUUUAUGUCGAACUGCUGGACGGGCUUCAGCAGGUUUUGCUUAGUGAGUUCAUAUUGCAUUUUGUAAAUUAUCAUCUUAGCUGAGACAGUGGGACAUAGAAGUAAGAUCUCUUUAUAUGUACAGCCAACUAGAUAUCGACUAUGUGACCUAAACUACAAUAACUAUAAAAUGGAAAUAGAGCUGAUCUAGUGAUGUUCUCUUGGGCUCAAAA